ACGUCUCCAUCCUCCAGUAAGUCCAGCCGAGAAAAUCCAAUAAGAAAAUAGCGAGAGAAAAUACACGCACAGUCUCUCCAUUUCGCUCCUAAUUUUCUCGAUAACCAAACGCAAAUUCCUCCCUUUCCCCACGAUUACACCCGCCAAUCCCCUCUCUUUAUCCAAGUUUCUCCGAUUCUACUUCCACUCAAUCCAUCCGCUCAAACAUUCACAAGCUCUGAAACCAGCCUUCUGAAGCGUUAAACCGAGCAACACAACCAAUCCCCGUCGCCUGGGAUUGGAUUGGAACUGACGGACUCGACGCGGAAGGAUGUUCUUCUCGGGCGAUUCAUCGACUCGGAAGCGAGUUGAUUUGGGAGGGCGGAGUACGAAGGAAAGGGACAGGCAGAAGCUUUUGGAGCAGACAAGGUUGGAACGCAUCCGCCGGUCGUGGAUACGGCAGCAGAACUUCGCCGCGUUGAAAAUCCAGAAAUGCUUUAGAGGUAGGAAGGUGGCAGCGGCUGAACAUUCUAAGGUGCGUGAGCAGUUCUAUGUAAGAUAUGGGAGGCAUUGCCAGAAUGUGGACAGAUUUAGUUUUGGUCCCGAUUCAGAGUUUCUCCGCCAGUUACUUUUCUUCUUUGAUGCUCGAAGCGUUGGUGAUUUUUCUAUCCUUGUGGAGACGUGCCGGUUGCUUCAUCAAUUUGUCAGAGAGACAGGGGAUAUUAUGAGCCUCGUUGCAGGCAUGGAUUAUUUGUCCAAGCAUGCUUUGGUGAAACACAGAGUGAAGCAACUUGCAUAUAUCUGUUUGAAGGCUGUUCAUCAAAACAGAAAUCAGUUGAAGGAUCAACUUUUUGCAGCCCCUGAGGAGGCCACCACGUCAACAACUCUACUGUUAGAAGCAUUAGUUUUAUUGAUAGAUCCCAAGCUUCCAUGGGCUUGUGAGACAGUUGGCUAUCUUUUGCAGAGAAAGGCUUUUAUCCUGUAUAGAGAGAUUAUUUUAACAGGAAAGGAAAGUAUAAAGACUCAUAAUUACAUUGGCAGAGUGUCAUCGUUGGAGCGUAGUCUUGCUGUUGUAAUUUCUCACAUUGGUCAGGAGCCAUGUACGUGCCCAAACAUCGAUCCACAUUGGAGUUUUUCAUCUCAAAUUCUUACAGUUCCAUUUGUAUGGAAGCUAUUCCCCUACUUAGGAGAGGUUUUUGCAAGACGAGGGCUGAGCCAGCAUUACAUUAAUCAGAUGUCACUCUUUGUGAAAAAUCAUGCUGAUGUACUUCCGAAAGAUGCAUCAGUUGAGUUACCCGGUUAUGCAUGCCUUAUUGGAAAUGUAUUGGAAUCUUCCGGGGUCGCUCUGUCUCAGACUGAUUGCUCAUUUCAAAUGGCUUUAGACCUUGCUGGCAUCGCAACAUUCUUGUUGGAGGCCCUUCCUUCAAUGAAAUCAUCAAAUAGAGAAAGCAAAGAAGAUUCUACGGGUGAUGAUGAUAUGAUUGAAGGAGAUGAUGCAAUGGAAGUUUGUUUGAAUAAUGAUUUAGAACGACAGAUAUGUGAUGCCAUAGAUCUGCGCUUUCUUCUGCAAUUAACAAAUGUUUUGUUUGGAGGGAUUUCACUUUCCAGUGGCUUCCACCAGAGACCGGAUGAUAAAGAGGUGUCAGCUGUUGGUGCGGCUUGUGCUUUUCUACAUGUUACUUUAAACACCUUACCUCUGGAGAGAAUCAUGACUAUACUGGCUUAUAGAACGGAACUUGUUCCGGUGCUUUGGAAUUUUAUGAAACGGUGCCACGAAAACCAGAAAUGGCAGUCAGUAUCUGAGCAGUUGGCAUAUCUGCUGCCCGGAGAUGCACCUGGCUGGCUAUUACCUUUGGCUGUAUUCUGUCCUGUGUACAAGCACAUGCUUACAGUAGUUGAUAAUGAGGAGUUCUAUGAGCAGGAGAAGCCACUAUCAUUGAAGGAUAUCAGAUACCUAGUUAUCAUACUCAGACAGGCCCUUUGGCAACUGCUUUGGGUGAAUCCUAUGGCUCCCAGUAAUUCUUCAAAACCUGUCACAACCACCUCUUCUAAGAAGCACCCUGUGGAGUUAAUUCAACAUAGAGUUAGCAUUGUAGCUUCUGAACUCCUUUCCCAGUUGCAAGAUUGGAACAAUAGACGAGAAUUCACAUCCCCCAGUGACUUUCAUGCUGAUGGUGUUAAUGAGUUCUUUAUUACACAGGCCGUAAUAGAAAAUACCCGAGCAAAUGACAUCAUGAAGCAAGCUCCCUUCCUGGUACCAUUCACAAGCAGAGUUAAAAUAUUCACUUCACAAUUGGCAGCAGCUAGACAAAGACAUGAGUCUAAUUCUGUAUUUACCAGAAACCGAUUCAGAAUACGGCGGGAUCAUAUCUUGGAAGAUGCUUAUGACCAAAUGAGUGCGCUGUCUGAAGAUGAUCUUCGGGGACCGAUUCGUGUAACGUUUGUAAAUGAAUUUGGGGUUGAGGAGGCUGGAAUUGAUGGUGGCGGGAUUUUCAAAGACUUUAUGGAGAACAUAACUCGAGCAGCCUUUGAUGUUCAGUAUGGAUUGUUUAAGGAAACAUCCGAUCAUUUACUCUACCCUAGUCCUGGUUCAGGAAUGAUUCACGAACAGCAUCUCCAAUUCUUUCACUUUCUUGGGAUUCUUCUUGCAAAGGCCAUGUUCGAGGGGAUUCUUGUUGAUAUACCAUUUGCAACGUUUUUUCUGAGCAAAUUAAAACAAAAGUACAACUAUUUAAAUGAUUUGCCUUCAUUGGACCCAGAGUUGUACCGUCACCUUAUUUUCUUGAAGCGUUAUAAAGGUGAUAUAUCAGAAUUAGAAUUGUACUUUGUCAUUGUAAAUAAUGAAUAUGGAGAGCAAACAGAAGAGGAGCUGCUUCCCGGGGGAAAAGACCUACGUGUCACUAAUGAGAAUGUCAUUACCUUUAUUCAUUUUGUUGCCAACCAUCGUUUGAACUUUCAGAUACAUCAUCAAAGUUCACAUUUCUUAAGGGGGUUUCAGCAGCUUAUACAGAAAGAUAGGAUAGAUAUGUUUAAUGAGCAUGAGCUUCAGCUUCUGAUAUCAGGUUCACUUGACAGCCUGGAUGUCGAUGACCUACGGAUGCACACAAACUAUGUGGGUGGCUAUCAUAGUGAGCAUUAUGUCAUUGACAUGUUCUGGGAAGUUCUGAAAAGUUUUUCAUUGGAAAAUCAGAAGAAAUUUCUAAAAUUUGUGACUGGGUGCUCUCGAGGACCUCUGCUUGGAUUCAAAUACUUGGAACCAUUAUUUUGCAUACAGAGGGCUGGUGGCAAUGGAGCUGAAGGAGCUCUUGACCGAUUACCGACUGCAGCCACUUGUAUGAAUCUCCUAAAGCUUCCACCAUAUAGAAGUAAGGAGCAACUGGAAUCAAAAUUGAUGUAUGCUAUAAGCGCAGAUGCCGGCUUUGAUUUGAGCUGAUCGAAACUGUGCAUUCUGGUUGUGCACCUAAUCCUCUGAUGCGUCAUUCUGUGGGGCGAACCAUCCGCCAGGGGCAGAGACAGUUCACAUCAUACCCUGUUUAUGUCCCUGCUUUUAACCCGAGCUGCGUAAUAACCCAAAGGACUUAAAAAGCCGAUAGAGCGAAGCUCAAAACUUGAUGGCAUGUAGAUAUUUGUAUUUCAGGCAAGCUCCCGAUUUGACAUGUAAAUAUGUGGGUGGUGAUCUGCCAAAGUUAUUACAACAGCUUUUGUUAAGUUUACAGAUUAUACAUACAGAUCUUGGCCAGUCCUGAAUGGCUUUCCUCCCCAUCGAUAGGCUUUUGUAUAAAUAGAAAGUGCUUUUAAUUCCUCUUGUUGAACAUGAUCAUUCAUCUGCAGAAAUAAUCAGAGCUGGGCUGUGUUGCUGCAUCCUGCCAUGAAGUCGUGUUUUGUAAGACGAGGAAUGUAAAAUUUUCUGAAGUUAUUUCCUUAGCACCA